AUGGCCGACAGCUUGAAGAUUCAGAAUCUCUCUCUCAACGAGUCCCAGCAUGCUCCUAAUGGACCACCUGCGGCAAACGGGCGUUCUGCUUAUAUUCCGCCACACCUUCGUGGACGCAACGUGAAUGCUGGCCCUGCCCCCGGCCCUGCCCCCGGCCCCACCCCCAUGGAUGGUCCUGCUGGUGCUCCGGGCCCUACUCCUGCAGGUGCUUGGGGAAAUGCUCCUCGUGGCCCCCCUCGCCAAAACUACAAUAACUAUCGUGAAAACAAUGCAAAUGGACAUGGACCCUCAGGAAGCUACAGCGGUGGUGGCGGUGCUCCCGGUGGCGGUCAUGCUCGUGGCUCUGGUGAUGGACAGUGGCGCGAUGGAAAGCACAUUCCUGGACCUGCUAAUGCCCGUCUCGAGCGUGAAUUGUUCGGCGUUCCCAACGACCCUUCCAAACAGCAGACUGGUAUCAACUUUGCCAACUACGAUGACAUCCCCGUCGAGGCCUCCGGUCAAAAUGUGCCCGAGCCCGUCAACACAUUCACUAACCCACCUUUGGACGACCAUCUGAUUGCCAAUAUCGCUUUGGCUCGCUACACCACUCCCACUCCCGUCCAGAAGUACUCCAUUCCUAUCGUCAUGAACGGCCGUGAUUUGAUGGCUUGUGCCCAGACUGGUUCUGGAAAGACUGGUGGUUUCCUCUUCCCCAUCCUUUCUCAGGCAUUCCAGACCGGCCCUUCUGCUGCUCCAGCACCUGCAGCCGGCGGAAACUUCUACGGUCGUCAGCGCAAGGCUUACCCUACUUCCCUCAUCCUGGCUCCUACUCGUGAGUUGGUGUCUCAGAUCUACGAUGAGGCUCGCAAAUUCGCCUACCGUUCCUGGGUUCGCCCUUGCGUGGUCUAUGGUGGUGCAGAUAUCGGUUCUCAGCUUCGUCAGAUUGAACGUGGCUGUGACUUGCUCGUUGCUACUCCCGGUCGCCUUGUCGACUUGAUCGAACGUGGCCGUAUUUCCCUCACCAACAUCAAGUACUUGGUUCUCGACGAAGCUGAUCGCAUGUUGGACAUGGGUUUCGAGCCUCAGAUUCGUCGUAUCGUUGAGGGUGAAGACAUGCCUCAAGUCAACGACCGCCAGACACUCAUGUUUUCUGCCACUUUCCCUCGUGACAUCCAGAUGCUCGCUCGUGACUUCUUGAAAGACUACGUUUUCCUUUCCGUCGGUCGUGUCGGUUCCACCUCCGAGAACAUUACUCAGCGUAUUGAGUACGUUGAAGACCACGACAAGCGCUCCGUGCUUUUGGACAUUCUUCACACUCACGGUAGCACCGGUCUGACCCUCAUUUUUGUUGAGACGAAGCGUAUGGCCGAUUCUCUCUGUGACUUCCUCAUCAACCAGAACUUCCCUGCCACUGCUAUUCACGGUGAUCGUACUCAGCGUGAGCGUGAGAGAGCUUUGGAAAUGUUCCGUAACGCACGUUGCCCUAUCUUGGUUGCCACUGCUGUCGCAGCUCGUGGUCUCGAUAUUCCAAAUGUCACCCACGUCGUCAACUACGAUUUACCUACCGACAUUGACGACUAUGUCCACCGUAUUGGUCGUACCGGUCGUGCUGGUAACACCGGUAUUGCAACCGCUUUCUUCAACCGUGGUAACCGUGGUGUUGUCCGCGAUCUCAUUGACCUUCUCAAGGAAGCCAACCAGGAAGUGCCUUCCUUCCUCGAAAACAUCGCUCGUGAAGGUAGUGGAUAUGGUGGCCGUGGCGGCCGUGGCGGUCGCGGCCGUGGUUCCAACGCUACCCGUGAUGUUCGUCGUAUGGGCGGUGGCGUGGGCGGAACCCCAUCUUAUGGUGGAAGCGGCGGUGGAUUCGGUGGCAACUCUGGCUAUGGCGGUGGUGCUGCUAACUGGGGUGGAAGCAGUGGUGGCUACGGCGGCGGUGCUCCCUCUUACAGCAGCGGUGGUGGUUAUAGCGGCGGCGGCGGCGGCAGCUACGGUAACCCCUCCGCCGGCCCAACUGGUCCAUCCUCCUGGUGGUAA